UUUUUUUUUGGAAAGCACUUCAUUCACUAAUCGUAAACUCGAACCUCUCCUCCCAAACACCGAUUUCAUAAGACCUUUUCUUUUUUAAAAGCAACGCCAAGAGUUCCCCAACCGGCUGAGAAAAUUCAUUGGAAUUCAUUUAACAGUGGCUUCAGGAGAAGAAGAGUGGGGACUUUUAAGCGUAACUUAUUCUCUCUGGAAUUUUUCUCCCAUUUAACCUUUCUUAUGGUUAUGGUUGGUUUUAUAAGAAACAUUCUUUCCAAAUAAGUAAAAAAAUAUGGAUAAUUCCCACGAUCUGCCACUUCCUCCUGGCGUCCAUUCUUUGCCAAACUAUUCAUGUAGCCCGGCUUCUUCAGUGCCAUCAUUCCCGUGCCCUCCCCAACAUUGUGCUAACACUGUGACACCUCAGUAUCAAUCUAGCUACUCAGGAAAUUGCUUCUUUCCCCUUCCUUCUUCUAAUUCAACCUUCACUCCUACUCAAGUCUCACAUUCGCUUAGUAGUCCAUCAACUCAGUAUAAUUUUUCUCCAAAUGCUCCUCAUUCAUCAGGCCAAAUCCCCAAAAACUCUCAGAGUGGCUAUGCUUCUCAAUCAGGUUUAGUCCAACAAGGUGCCGAUUUCAUUGAGCAGCAACCACAAGACCAAAACAAAGUAGGUGAGAAAAUUACCCAGUAUAAGGAUAAUAUAGUAACUCAAGAAACGGGCCAUGUCAAUGGAAAUGAUAAUGCAUCUACCAGCUACUCCAGAUCACAUGUUGAAAAUUCCAGCGACUUUGAAACUGCUGCUCAGGAUGCAGUGUUGCGUGAACAGGAAAUUGCCACACAAACUAUCAUUCAAAAUCAAAGAGAGGCAAGAGGCGCUGGUGGACCUUCUAAGGAUGGUAAAGACAUUUUCUCAGAACGUCGUGACCCCAAUGCUCUAAAGGAACAUCUACUGAAGAUGACGUCGCAACAUCGUGCUGAAAUGGCUUUAAAGCGGGGGAAGCCUAGCCUUCUUGAAGAAGGUAACAUGGAAAUUGGAAAUGGUUAUGGUGUACCAGGUGGAGGUGCUUAUUAUGGUGCUCCGAACCCUAAUAUUGAUGCCCCCUCUGAGUCGAAAGAAUUGCCUGAGUACCUUAAGCAGAAGUUGAAAGCAAGGGGUAUUCUUAAAGAUGAUACAGAAAAAGGCUUUCCUAUGUUGGAGACUACCACAACUCAACUUGUGGAUAAUGGAAAGUUACCUCCUGGAUGGGUAGAGGCAAAAGACCCCGCUAGUGGUGCUUCAUAUUAUUACAAUAAAAAUACUGGGAAGAGUCAGUGGGUAAGGCCUGUUGAAACAUCUCCUAUCUCACAGCAUCCAUUGCCUUCAUCUUUUCCAGAGGGCUGGAUAGAGGCUUUUGAUGAAACAACAGGUCAUAAAUAUUAUUACAAUACAAAGACCCAUGUAUCACAAUGGGAGCAUCCUGGUUCUCCACUGCAGGUCGCUUCACAACAUUGUGACAGCAUGGUUCCCACAAGUUCAGCUGAUGCAAAUUGGGAUGAUCAACCACCUGAACAAAAGAAAUGCAUGAGAUGUGGUGGCUCAGGAGUAGGCCCUGUCCAGAUGUCAGGUUGCUGCAUGCAUUGCACAAGAAAUGCAGCUAAUUUGGAUCAGAAUGACCAAUCAUCUGAGCUAGAGAAGUGCAUGGGGUGUGGUGGUUGGGGUGUAGGCCUUGUGCAGAUGUGGGGUUAUUGCAAACAUUGCACACGCGUUCUCAAUCUUCCACAAUGCCAGUACUUGUCUGCCAGUUUGGGUAACCAACAUCAGGCCAGCAAUUCUGCAAGCACCAAAGAGGAUUCUGACAAAAAGGCUUCUAUACAGAGGUCCAAUUGGAGACCUCCAAUGAAGAAAGGAGGAGGUAGAGGAGGAAGCAGGAAACGUGCUUAUACUGAGGAUGAUGAGUUGGAUCCUAUGGACCCAAGUUCUUAUUCUGAUGCUCCUCGUGGUGGCUGGGUUGUGGGCCUAAAAGGAGUGCAGCCACGAGCAGCUGAUACCACUGCCACGGGUCCUCUCUUUCAACAGCGUCCAUACCCAUCACCCGGAGCAGUCUUGCGAAAAAAUGCGGAAAUUGCUUCACAAACAAAGAAACCCGGUUCUCAAUUUGCACCAAUAUCCAAGAGAGGGGACGGGAGUGAUGGACUCGGUGAUGCUGAUUGAGAUUGCAGUGGACUCCAGAUUUAUCGUUGUAUAGGAGAAUGUCUAUAGAGUCUUCGCUGCAAGUGUCCACCAGAUGGAUGAUGAUUGUUCGGUUGCCAAAGGUAUGGCCAAGAGGUUCGUUGUAUUUUGUAAGAUGUUGGAUCUCAUGGAUGCCUCUCUUAAGCAUCCAACACUCAAUUGGGUGGACUUUGGUGGUUAACUAGGCAUGUCUUCUUCAUGUUGCUGAGUUGGGCUGAUCCUGAUCCAUAAAUAUUUCUUUUUGUGAAGGUAUUUUUCCUUUUGUCUUUUGGCGUGGCUUUGAAGAAGAAAGGACAAAGGAAAAAGUAAAUCCCGUAGAGCUAUUUCUCUUCUUGGUAGAAGUUCUGCUUUUUCUUUUCUUUUUCUUUUUUUUUUUCCUAAUUAAGGCGGCGGCAGGAGAGGGUUACCAGGGUAACUACUCUACCCUGUUGGGAACCAAUGACAAAGGAACCUAGACGGUGAGAACUGUACACUCCCUUAAGUCCGAUUAAGUCAUAGCUUGAUCUACUUUCAUCAGGACAUUAGUGGAGCCCAAUGUGAUUUACUCUAAUCAAGCAUGAGGAUUCCCAUUGUGGAAAUUGAACUCAUGUCCUAGUAUUUACCUAACUAUAUGAAGAUUGUUUUGGC